UGCAGCCAUUCCAAUGGAUCCCUACAUUGUCGUAUGGCUCGCUUUGAGCCGCAACGCCACAAGUUGGGUGUCGUAUGGCAGCAUGUGCGCGAAAGAGCAUGGUAAACUCGAUAACCUGUUGUGUUCCUCUCCCUCUUCGUUUCCGCGACAUAACUCGCUCCACUAAAAUCAGCAUCUUCAGCUCAUUCUCAUUUCCACUUUCUAGUGCACAAGCCUCCAUUUCAACACUUGUCCAUCAACAAUGAAGUUCUUCCAGGUCCUCGUCAUCGCCGCCCUCGCCGUUGCCGGCGUCUCCGGACAGACCACCACAGCUGCCACUGGUACGACUGGCACCACAGGCGCCAAUACCCCGGCAGUGACUCCCGCUACUGGAGCCACCGGUGUCGCCUCCUCCACUAGCGCCACUGCUGCACCCGACGCUAGCACCACUACAGCUGCAUCCAACACUGGCGCAACCACGGCUGCCUCUGGAACCGGCGGUACUGCCUCCACCGUCGGCACGACUGGCAGCACUACGACCGACACGUCGGUGGGCGCUUCGAGCUCGACUGGCUCGGUGGACGCGGGUAGCUCAACCACACCGACGACGGACUCGUCUUCGGAUCCUUCGACCACUGCGUCGUCGACCACGGGUGACUCGAGCUCUACGGCGGCUUCUGCUUCGGCCAGUGCUUCGGGAUCGAGCGGUGCGUCUCAGAUCACCAUGGGCGCGGCUGCUGCUACCGUCCUGGCCGUCGGCGCCUACUUCCUGUAAGCAGUCUCACUCGUAUUCCGUCGCUUGUGAAGCGGUGUGAUGUAGAUUAAUGCACAGAAAAACAAAUACGCUUUUUCUAUUGAAUCGUCGAGUUGACAACUUCAACCAUUUUAUACUUUCCAGCAUGGCUACAUUAUUGUUUGAAACAUAAAUGUUUGACUCCC